UAUAAAUGGAGGUCAGUCAGCAGCAGGCAUUACAAGCUCACGAAAAGUUUGGAACCGCUGAUCUAGAAGAAGCCAAGGAACUAGUCAACCUACUUAGGCACAAGCAAGGGAUUCAUAGUUCUUCAGAGAGGGUCCAGAAAAGAGAAGAUGGCCCGAAUUCUAAAAUUAAGCGACAUUUUAUGCUGAGCGAAGAGUCUGAGAGUGCCCGUGAACGUACCUGUCUGAUCAUGAGAGUCUUAAUAGGCUCUUUGGUACUCGGCAGUGUCGCAUACAUGUUUUACAGUAUCAUAUUCUAGAGAAGUUUCAAUAUUUAGAUCUAA